AAAUCAAACAGGAGCUCAGAUGUUUGUUAAAUAUUGCUUUGUUUUGAAGAGGGAAAAUGCCGCCAACACACACCCAGUCUAGGCGAGGUACCCCACCUUGGCCUUUCCACUCUCUCCCCUUUGUCCUCUCUAUGGCUGUCUAGUAUAAUGGCGGUCCCUACAGCGCAGGGACCGGCACAGUUAACGGCCCAGAGGAGGUGCGUGGCAAAGACCGACUCCUGCCUCUGCGCUCUGCAGCGCCAAGCGGCCGCGCUGGGGCUGGUACCGCGCUCCCACCUCACCACCGCCUCCUGCGCCUGCCCAGCCUCGACGUGAGGGCGGGGUUUGGAUGCCGAGUGUGGGCGGAAGUUGCCGAGAGUCUUCGGGGAGCUUUCACUAGGCGCUCGGUGGGCCCCACCGAGAGGCGGAAGUCACCGAGGAGCGCCGGAGGUUGCCGAGCUGCGGCCUCUGCGUUCGCGGGUGGCCGGCGGCGCCAGUUGCCAUGGAGCCGGCCGGGCCCUGCGGUUUCUGCCCGGCCGCCGAGGCCCAGCCGGCGCGCUACGUCUGCCCCCGCUGUAACGUGCCCUACUGCUCGCUGCGCUGCUACCGGGCGCAUGGCACCUGCGCCGAAGACUUCUACCGGGACCAGGUGCUGGGAGAGCUCCGCGGCCGCAGCGCCUCUCCCAGCCGCCUAGCCAGCGCCCUCCGCCGGCUGCGCCAGCAACGCGAGACCGAGGACGAGCCGCAGGACGCAGGCCUCAGCCCGGGCCCGGCGCCCGGCGGCCUCUUGGGACUCUGGGAGCGGCUAUCCCCGGCCGAGAAGGCGGCCUUCGAGCAGCUGCUGAACCGUGGCGAGGCCGGGCGGCUGCUGCCCCCGUGGCGGCCGUGGUGGUGGGGGAGCGGGGCCGGGCCACGACUUCUGGAGGAGCUGGAUGAUACCCCGGGCGGGGAGGCCGCGGAGCUGGAGCCCGACCCUGCGAAGGCGCCGCCAGAACCCGCGAGGGAUGCCGCUGCCGCGGAGUCCCCGGCCGCCGCGGAGACGGCUCUCGGAGACGCCCCGGGGGCCUGCACGCCCGCUGUGCCCGCCCGGAUCCCCGCGCUGGCCAGCCUGAGCCGCGGCAGGGUCUCGCCGCUCGUGCGCUUCCAGCUGCCCAACGUGCUGUUCGCCUAUGCGCACACCCUUGUCCUGUAUCAUGGCGGCGACGAUGCGCUGCUCACCGACUUCUGUGCCACGCUGCUCGGCGUUUCGGGAGCCCUGGGUGCCCAGCAGGCCUUUGCCUCUGCCGAAGAAGCCCUGCAGGCCGCCGCCCACGUGCUUGAAGCGGGCGAGCAUCCCCCGGGGCCCCUGGGCACACGGGGUGCCAUGCGCGAGGCCGCCCGCAUCCUGCUGGGCGAGGGCCCUGCCAACCAGAAGGGCUACACGCUGGCAGCCCUGGGGCACUUGGUGCAGACUCUGGGCCGGGCCCGGAAACGGGCCGAGGCUACUGAGGUGCGAGAUCGCCUCUACCGGGCCCGAAAGAAGUGCCAGUUCCUGAUGGCUUGGACCAACGAGAAUGAGGUGGCCCUCCCAGCCCUGGCUCUGGACUGUGCCAGGGCCCACCGAGCUCACGCUGUAGCGGCGGAAGAGGUGGCAGCCCUCACUGGGGAGCUGGAGCGGCUUUGGGGAGGUCCCCUACCACCUGCCCCGAGGACACUCAUUGAGGAACUCCCUGGCUGAACUGUGGGCUCCUUGUCAUCAAUAAACCUGUGAAUGGUCUGA